AUGGAUUGGGCAGCCCCCAACCUACCGCAUACACAACCAAACACCUCGCCACUGUCAUCGGGGCCCACCGACAAUAUCACUCUAGAUGCCAAACUACAGCGCGAGCUCUCCCGCCUCGAUGAUUCAAUCCCCUUCAAUCCGAAAGCCCGCUAUUUGCAUCAUACAUGGGCACAAACGUUCUUUUCGCGACCCGAACUUUACUUUCAGCCAACAAGUAUCCCAGAGUUACAGAAGAUCGUGACUCUGGCACGGAGAUGUCGUAAAAGGCUUUGUGUAACGGGUUUUGGUCAUUCUCCGUCAGACCUCACAUGCACCUCCUCCUGGCUCGUCAACCUCGACAACCUCAACCAAGUCCUCGAACGACAUGUCGGCGGCACUCGUGGACUGUUCCAUUUCCAGGCGGGACUGUCUCUACACGACCUCAACCAAGUGCUCGCCACAGACGGCUAUACGUUGCCGAACCUGGGUUCCAUCGACGUCCAGUCCGUCGCGGGAGUAAUUUCAACCGGUACUCACGGCUCCAGUCUCAAACAUGGUCUGCUCUCAGAUUCCAUCACUUCUCUGACCGUCCUGCUGUCAAACUCCCAACUCGUCACAUGCUCAGCAAGCAAAAACCCCGAACUAUUUCGCGCGGCGCUACUGUCGCUCGGCUCCCUCGGCAUCAUCGUUGAGAUCACCCUUCAAGCCGUCCCAGACUUCAACAUCUCUUGGUCGCAAUCUCUCCACACUCUCUCCUCCGUCCUCGACACCUGGAAUAAAGACCUCUGGACAAGCAAGGAGUUCACCCGUGUAUGGUGGCUACCGUACAUGCACCAGGCCGUCAUAUGGAGCGGUUCCAAGACCGAAGCACCCCUCCGAGCGCCCAACACGACCUUCUACGGCGGCGCGAUGGGCUACUACGUCUACCACAAUCUGCUAUGGCUGUCGAACAGUUUUCCCCGCAUCCUGCCAUGGGUCGAAUGGUUCGUCUUCGGCAUGCAGUACGGUUUCAAGCCCGGCAAAUUCGAGAUGUCCGGCGUACAACCAGCCCGUGAAGCUCUGCUGAUGGACUGCCUGUACUCGCAAUUCGUCAACGAGUGGGCCUUACCGCUUUCUAAAGGCCCUGAGGCCAUCCGCCGACUGUCCGCAUGGAUCAACCACGAUGAGAAGAUCGCCCAGAUCCCCGUCUCCAGCAAGGGCAUCUGGGUACAUUGUCCCGUUGAAGUUCGCGUGACGCACACCGCCAGAGACGAGAGCAUCAAUAAAUCGAGCGUGAGGCCAUACUUGGACCCCACCGUUCCCGACGGACCCACGCUGUAUCUCAACGCGACGCUGUACAGACCUUAUGGUCAGGACCCACCCUGCCACGAGCGAUACUACGAAGCGUUCGAGUACUUGAUGCGCGAGAUGGGCGCACGCCCUCACUGGGCCAAGAACUUUGUUUCCGCGGGCGACUACAUUGCCGAGACCUACGGCGAUAAUAUGACCGAGUUUAUCAAGAUUCGCGACGAGAGUGAUCCUGACGGCAUGUUCCUCGGCGAAUGGCAUCAACGAAAUCUACCUCUACAUGACAGUACCAAGCCCGGAGCGAGUUUGGGGCUUAUGGAACAUGAAGUGCGCAGGUCCAAGAAGAAGCUUGGCUGGGGUUACGGAGACGGUCUGCUCUGGGAGGGUGCGAUGGGUGUAGAAGAGUCCAGGGAGACAGAGGGCGACGAGGCGAUGACACCGACCACUACGCCCAGCCCGCCUGCCACGACCACGAGCGAAGAGUCGUUUGAUUACAUGGCGAAAGGGGAGGCCAGCGUCUAUGCUACAGGGGUCGAAUGA